AUGCAUUUUAUUGUAGCACGACUUUGGAUUGUGUUGGUGUUCGGUACGAUUGUACAUUCCAAAAGUAGAAUACCUGGCCCUAACAUGUUGGCGUUUAAUUUUGCUCAGCCGAAAGAGGGAAGAAAGCUGAAUGGAAACAUGAUAAAAGAAAUUUUAGUGGAUUCAGAAAACCACUGUCAAUUCAAGUGCCUUAAAGAAGAAAGGUGUCAAUCAUAUAACUUUGCGACGCUUGAGAAUGAAGCAGGUGGAUUUGUGUGUCAGCUUAGCAACUCGGAUCGAUUUAGGAGUCUUGAUAACUACAGUCAAGAUGGAGAUUUCAAGUAUGGUGGUCUGAAGGUGAUCUUCGAAGAGAAGUUUUAAAUUCAACCAACAAUUCACUAUCCUCUAAAAUUAAGUAAAGAUAAAUGUCUUAUUUUACCGUAUCACAUGUUUUAAGGCUAUGUAUUUAGCUAAGAGGCCAGUUAUUAUCUAAAAAGUUACCUGUUAAAAGUAAUAAUAAGAAGAAGAAGAAAAACUUACUGAAGAUAUAACGAGACAAAUAGCAAAGACGAAGACACUCUGUGGAAAAACUCCUGUUUAUUUAUUGCAACUGAGAAAAAGUGUUACUUCUAGCAGCUUUCUGUAACUAAGACUGUUACUCUCGUUGCCACUGUUUGUGAUAUCCGUUACGUUACCGUUUAUGUUAUUGUUACUGUAUUUUCAGAGUGCAUGUGAAAUGGAUGGUUCUCUAUGUGGCGCCAAAGGGGUCUGCAUCCCUAACUAUCAGGAUGAUAGCGUACGAUGCAGUUGUUCCGAUGGUUAUGCAGGAAUCCCUUGCAGUAAGUUUUUACUGACAUGCUUGGUUCAGGUAAUUGAGUCGGCUAAUAUGUAAAGCGACAAGUACGGUGUGGGGAAAGUGAGAUCGACAACUGAUCGAUAGACGUGUUUUGAGGCUACAUAAAAUUAACUGGUGUCUGAUCAUGACCAGGUCACGGGACUCCCACUGCAUAGUUAUUAAAUUAUUGUGACACUUGUGAAAAACGUUCAAAAUGACCCAAGUAUUUAAAGAAACCGCUAGACACCAUCUGGACAAGGAUUCAUCGGUUCCUUUCGAUGCAUCAGGAUCCGAGUGAUCUUGGAUCAUAAAUCCUGAUCUGGAUCGUCCCAAAGGAACUCAUCCAAAAAUGAGAAAUCUCUCCUCAUUUCAAAUCUAUCAUUUUAAAGCUUGGAUGUUUUCGAAUAAUUUACUUUCAUGUCGGUAGCACAUAGUCAAAAGUUGAGUGCACCUAAUAUAGAUCUUAUUCUUAUGACAUUUGCAAUAGCAACAUCACUUUUUAACACCACACAUUCUUUGUUAUAACUAAAUACUUUGGAUUUUUUGAUGAACAGAACCCAAAAGUUGCGUCCAGCUUCUUCAAGAUGGUUUCUCAUCCAGUGGCGUGUACAUUAUCAAUCCAGAUGGUGGAAUUCCAAUCCAAGUGCUGUGUGGCAUGACUACAGACGGUGGAGGUUGGGCGGUGUUUCAAAGACGUUUGGAGGGUUCCGUUAAUUUUUUUCGUGGGUGGGAUUCCUACAAAAACGGGUUUGGAAAUCUGAACGGCGAGUUUUGGCUUGGAAACGACAAUCUUCACCGUUUAACAGCCGCAGAUGAGGUGGUGCUUAGAGUUGACUUGGAGGAUUUUGAAGGAGAUAUCAGAUACGCAGAAUAUACAACUUUUAACGUGUCUGACGAGAGUGAAAAAUAUCGACUGUCCGUCGGAGGCUACAGCGGUACAUCGGGUGAUUCAAUGAGUUAUGAAGGCGACAAUUACUGGGAAGCAGAGUAAGUAAAUAACCCCUUCGGACGGCUAAGUGCAACAGCCACAGUUGGCUAUCAUCAGAACAAGUGCACCAUUUGGAAAUCUCGAAUAAAGUCAAUGGUCACCGGAAAUUGUGCCGCGAAAGAGCCUGCUUGCGGGCUAGAUGUUGGCUAGACCUCUAGCGUGCGAUCGAGCAAGUAGCUAACCCAGUAUUUGUUUGCAGAGUCAUGGGGUUAGGGUAGCAACAUACACAAGCAAGCAGCGAACGCGGAGCCACGAACCGCUAGAACCUAGGGCGUUAGUCCAAGAAGAAGAAAAAAUACUGCUGACUAAUUUUUUCUUUCUGGAGGCAAAGCAUAGCUGUCAAGCUAAUCUUAUUGACUAAUUAAUUUAAGAGACCCCAACUUUAUUUUUAGCAAUCCGUCUUCUUGUUGGCUUUUCUGAUUAACCGUGUUGUUUUACCAACGUGUUCGCUGUGAUUACUUGUUUCAAAGAAAAGUAAUUUAAGGCAAACUGCAUGUGUUGAUGUCGACAAACGGAUUGUCCAGAAAUAAACGUUGCCGAGCAGCCAAACUUCUGAGUACUUUGAGUUUUAUUGUUAAAGCUGAUACCAAAGUCUUAGACACGGACUUAUCCGUCGAUGGAUCUCUACACGAAAAAUAAUAAACGUUCACUGUUUGUCGUAAAAGUGAAUGUAAAUGUCCAAAUUACUUAUCAAAAGUAAAUCAUAAAAUGCCCGUUGAAAGCCUGACAAACAAACAAAUCAGCAGAGUUCGCUGGUGUAAGUUCCGGUGCAUAAAACACUUGACUAUUUUAUCAGGACGACCAUCAUUUACUUGUUAUUAAUUUUCCUCGUUUACAUUUCUAUAGUGGCAUGCAGUUUUCCACAAAGGACCAGGAUAAUGACGGAGGAAGUGGCAGCUGCGCUCAACUGUACAAAGGGGCAUGGUGGUACAACGCGUGUCUUUCAUCAAACCUGAACGGCUUGUACAUUAACGGUGCACAUAGUGAUGAUGGUAUGGGUAUUAACUGGGGUACCUUUAGAGGCUAUUAUUACUCACUUAAACGCUCAGAGAUGAAAGUGAAGCCCAAAUAA